CUGGCAUUGGCCUGUGGACAAAAACAGGGCUCACUGCGUCAGUCCUGGCUAUAAGUUCACGCUACUUUUGUGUUGAACAAAGUAAACCAGAACACACAUCGUCGGCCCUUGAACAAGUAGCCCACCCACACACCCACAGAUACAUGUCUGCGAGAACCGGCCGCACCGAAUGAAAGAUGGUCACAGUGAUGACCGACAGUGGGAGCAACAUGGUGGCAGCAUUUAAACACAGCACACCAGAGGGAGAAGAAACCACCUCUGAGGAUUCAGAAGACCCCGAAACAGAUGAUGACUUGCGGUCGACAUGGAUAUGGAACGGACACCGUGUGUCGCGCACACCCUACAGCUCGUCAUCCACAUGAUGCAGAAGGAAUCAAGUGUCGAGAGUCCUUGAUAAAGAAGGUCAGUGGUGAAGCUCUUUCGCUACUGGAUGAAUGUGGCCUUAUUGUUGUAACUGACUGCCCCACACGCUGGUCAAGCAGCUUCAACAUGAUUUCACGACUCCUCAAAGUGAAAGACUCGGUCUGCCAAAUUGCAAACAUGGGAUGGGACAGCUUGCUGUCUAGUGAGUGGCAAAAGCUGAAGUCAUUGCAUGAACUACUGCUGCCUUUUGCAGAACAUACUCAAGCCCUUCAGAGUGACACCAUGUCCCUGGUGGUCCCUGCGCUCUUUGAUCUGCUCAACCGUCUUUCUGACUUUGAAGAGAGCGCUAGCCAUCGAGACCUUGCCACUCUUGCAAGGAAAAUGAAAGGAAGUGUGAGCCAGCGUUUUGCUUGGAUAUUGGAUCCAGCUGAUGAAACGUUCUCACCACUUGUAGCAGCUGCCUGCUUCGUCAACCCUACUGUGUGUGAAACUCUUGUUGAUGUGGCUGAUGAAAAUAUACAGGAACUACUGAAACAGGCAGAGGAGAACGUGAUCCAGUUCACACAGUCACAUUCACAACAUGAGGAUCAGUCCAGAGAUGAUGGAGAGGAGAACAGGAGGCUACCAGAGGAAGCAGAAGCAGCACCAUCCACAUCAAAGCAGCCCGUCUUCAGGUUUCUUUCAAAAUGCUUUUGCAGAGAGGCUAUUCAGUGUUUUGGUGACCUCACCAGAGGCCGGCGCAAUAGAGCAAGGGUAACAUUAGCACAAAGUGCUUUCCUUAAAAUUACUAGAACCAAAUAA